AUGGAUUGUAGCUGCGUCUCAGACCUUCUCUUCGCCCCGCCUGCCCUGCCGGCUCUCUGGACCCCUGGGUUUGCCUUCCCAGAUUGGGCCUACAAGCCGGAGUCCUCCCCUGGUUCGAGGCAGAUCCAGCUGUGGCACUUUAUCCUGGAGCUGUUGCAGAAGGAGGAGUACCAGGGCGUCAUUGCCUGGCAGGGAGACUAUGGGGAAUUUGUCAUCAAGGACCCUGAUGAGGUGGCCCGCCUCUGGGGCAUUCGCAAGUGCAAGCCCCACAUGAAUUAUGACAAGCUGAGCCGGGCCCUGCGUUACUACUACAACAAGCGCAUUCUCCACAAGACCAAAGGGAAGCGGUUCACCUACAAAUUCAACUUCAGCAAAGUUGUGCUUGUCAAUUACCCACUGCUGGAUAUGGCUGCUGCCGCCGCUGGCUCCCCACUCUUGUUGACCCCUGGUCCUUUUGGGGGGGCGCCUGGGCCAGAUGCUCCACCCUUGACUCCUGAGACCCUGCAGAACCUGUUCUCUACACCACGCCUAGGAGAGCCCGGGGGUCGGACACCCCUAUUCGCCCCAGAGACGGAUAAACUACGCUUGGACAGCCCCUUCCCAUUCUUGGGUUCUGGUGCCACCGGCUACUCCAAGCCUCCCGGCCUGUUGGGUCCUUACGGCCGCGCCUUCCCUGAGUACCCCUGGAACUUUAACCCAUACCUCACGGGCCCCUUCCCCAAGUUGCCCCCCUCUCUCUACCCACCUCAUUUCUACCCUAACCCUUUGGGUUCCUUGGGCCACUUGCCCUCUGCAGGAGCAGGGGGAGGUCCCCUGGCUGCACCCCUGCUUGCUGCGACGGGGGAGGGCCUGGGCCCUGAGCGCCCCUCCGGGCUGGCAGUGGCCCCUCGUCUGGCCCUGCCCGGGGCUGGAGGUCCAGAGGCCACCCUGGGUGGGAAGGAGGACAGCGACUCUGAGCUGGAGAUCACCGACGUCAGUGGCUGCAGCUCGGACAGUGACGGCGACGAGGGUUUACCUGUGUCCCCCAAGACCAAGUCAGGCAAAGGGGGGAACGGCAGCUGAGCGGGCGGAGGGUGGGUGCCGCUGGUGACCAGGGCCAGCCCACUACACCCCCCUGGCCAUCUCCUCCAAACCCUGAGUGGAGGUCACACCUUCUCCAGAGUGGGAAGGGAUAGGAUGGCCUCCAGUCUCUCCCCAGGUUCCAAUUUCAAGGGGAUAACCACCUGGCCCCACUCUCAAAGUGCAAUAUGGCGCCCAGCCUACCCUGACCUCCUAUGUGCUGUGACCUGCGUGUUUGUGUGGCGGUGUCCCCAAUCCAAUGCUGGCCCCCUCUCUUGAAAUCCUCCUA